UCUUUUGAGCUGCAUGUUUCACUCUGUUCGGUCAUUGAAUAGUUUAGGGAAAAUGGCUGCACUGGUCAGGAGGAUCAUCACUACAGCUAAAGCCCCUGCUGCCAUCGGCCCGUACAGCCAAGCAGUGGUGGUUGAUCGGACCGUGUUCGUAUCAGGGCAGCUGGGGAUGGAUCCUGCCAAUGGACAGCUGGUGGCAGGUGGAGUUCAGGCCCAGACCAGACAGGCUCUAGUGAAUUUGGGUGAAAUUCUUAAAGCUGCUGGCUGUGGCUAUGGGAACGUUGUCAAAACCACCGUACUGUUAGCCAACAUGAACGACUUUGUAAAUGUUAAUGAUGUUUACAAGCAGUUUUUCAGUACCAACUUCCCAGCCCGAGCCGCCUAUCAGGUAGCAGCACUUCCCAGAGGUGGACUGGUGGAGAUUGAAGCAGUCGCCGUUUUGGGCCCUCUGAACGAUACUUCUUAAAAAACACGUCGAUGAAACAAUAAAAGCAACACGGUAGCAGUUGCCGAUGUUUUGCAAUCCAGGAAAGAGCUGAUCAAAUAAACCCUAUGUACGUCUGAGGACAUCAUAGGUUCUCAAGACACUGUGAAUUAACAUCCUCCUCAAUGUUCUUGGUGGCAACAUAAAUUGAGUUCCCUUUAUGAUCUUCUUUGUUUGUUCCAGUGUUAACAUAUUGAAUGUUUGUAGGAAGGUAGCCGGGUAUCUUGCUGUCCUGCUAUCGAGCUGUCUUCUGUUGUCUUCCCCAUCUUGAAGAAAGGCAAAGAGAAUCUGGUCUCCGAGUCACUCAACACCAUGUUCCACUUAAAACAGGAGGGUGGGCUUUAAAAAAAUCACUCACAUUUAUGCCUAAAGAUUUGAUUUGAUUUGAUUGGUGGGGAUAAGGGAGAAUUUUUGUGUGAAUACAAUUAAAACAAUGGGCUUCCAUACUAAAGGUUAGGUUCUCCUUAAAUAGUCAGUGUGACUAAUAGUUCAGGCGUUUCACACCAGAGGUUCCAGUGGAUGUGCAGGGUGUUGUGUAUUAGUCCAAUAAAAGGCCAGUAAGUGAUUUGUUCCUGUUUUCAUGAUGUCGCUGCCUGACAGUCCAGCAUCACCCAAGCUUGAAGCACUUUCAGCUCAUUAACAUGGAUGAGACGUCGUGUUUAGAAACAACACUGGAUCUUCGGUUCCUACGGAUCAACUUUCACUUACAAUAGUUGUUAAGCAUCUAACCUUGUCUGUGUGGCUCGAAUUUCACCACCGCCCUCCGUUGUCACCCAUUUUACUCUUGACAUAAUGUAUGUCCUCAUUCAUUAUUGACGUUCACAUAUGACUCAGAAAUAAAGGCUCCUUCACUGUU